CUACAUGUCAAUUCCAUUUUUGGUAGGACUAUAAAUCUACUAUAUAUGGACUAAAUAAACAGGGUGUGAUACGGGAAAUGUACAUUGCAAAAGAUACGUAGGAGGGCAUUCCUCGUGACACUAGAGAAACUGUCGUCUGCUUGAAAGUGGCAGCCAUGGAAUCAGAAGAAGAGAUAGUGAUGACUGCGGCCAAAAGGAAUGGUAGCGCAAUCAUGAGGUUGGAGAGAGUGAAUCAUAGUGAAAUUGAUUUCAAGAAAGUGCAUCACGUGGCUGGUGGCCCUUAUAAAGGAAUUCUUAUUAACAAGGCAGCUACUGAUCUGAACACUGUUGAGGCAUCAGAAGGAAGAUUAGAGUUUUUAGCUUACAUGGUAGACGAGGACCACAACAAUGAAGCUAUACAGGAUUACUGGACCCUACGUUUCUGGUUUCAAGGAAAUGCUGAUGGAAUGACAAAGAAAAAGACUUUUACAGACUAUUUUCAGGAGCUCAUGAAUCCAACAAAUUUUCCAAAAAAUUAUAUUGGUUUUAUCAAGAAAGCAUUGGUUGUAUUGAGGUCUUAUCCAGUAAUAAAACGAGUAGAUUUAGAAGUCAAUCAAACAACAGAACCUCCCCCUGAAGAAGCUCUUCCUCCAAUCAAAAGUUUCACCACUGUGUUCACCCCAGCAGUUUAUACCUAUCAAUUACUCCCAGAAAUACCGAUUCAAAAUAAAACAUUUAUAACCUUCAUGUUAAAAGCUGCUGGUGAUGCGCAUAUUGCACUGUCAGCAGUUUAUAGUGAACUAGAACGCAAAACAUGGGAGAUAACGAUUGGCGCUGAAAACAAUACAAAAUCAACAAUUAAAGAAGGUGCUAUGGGACAAGUGAAAAUUGAAGCAUUGACUCUCAACAUUCUAACGAAUGAUGAUUUCCGAUAUUUCUGGAUAAGUUGGGCCGAAAACCAUAUAGAAGUUGGGCGUGGUGCGCAAUAUGGAUAUGGAAGAUUUCUACACUGGUAUGUUCCGCCGAAUAAACAGUUCAAUGUAAACUGUCUUGGUGUGUCUACAGACAAGGCAUCACGAGGACAGUGGGAAUUUGCUGAGAUAUUAGAUCCUGAGGAAGAAUUUGGUAAACAAGCCCGAAAGAAGAAACUGAAGAAAUCAUUGAUAUGGUUGGCAAAGAAACAGCGAAUAUUACAAUGUUUGGAAGAUUCAUAUCCUAAUACAAUACCUAUUGCAAAUUUACUCAAAUUAUGCAAAGUAAAGCUUGCUGAUACGACCACGGCAGCUGUAAUGUUGAAUGACCUGCAAAAUAAGGGGUUUAUCAAGGAAGUAGAAAAGGGAUUUUGGAUGAGGAUACAAAGUGGGGGAGCGGAUACAAAUGACGAAGUGCAGAUUGUCAAAAACAUUCCUCGACUGACAAGUCAAGAGCAGCCAACUAUAGCUGUAAUUACAUCACUCUAUUGUGAAAAGUUAGCGGUGGAUGCAUUAAUUGACAAUAAAACUACGUUUGUCAAAUACAAAACAGAAGGUGAAUCACAAGUUUAUUCAGUUGGGAGAAUAGGAAGACACAAAAUUGUAUCUACAAAGCUGUCAAAAGACGCAUCGUCACCAGAAAACUCUAAAAUAUCCACAGAAAACAGUGUGACAAGACUCCUAGGUACGUUUAGCAAAGUGCAGCACGUUUUUCUAGUCGGAGUAGGUGGUUCUGUACCAGAUUAUGAUGAUGCCAGCAAACAUGUUAGAUUGGGCGACAUUGUUGUUUCAUUGCCGCCAAAGGAAAGGUCUUGCUUGUACGUACACUGUCAAAAAGUAGAACACACACUGCGAACUGACGAAUAUAAAUUUAACGUGAAACAUUGGGCAUGUGCAGAUGAUACGCUACAAAAGAUAGCAGAAAAAAUCAGAAAGGUAACUGAUUCUUCAUCAGACACGGAAAGACCGUGGGAUAUAUAUUUAGAAGAGGCCAGUGAAAGACUGAAAGCUGAAGAAUCAAGUUUCCAUAGACCAUUUAUUAACACGGAUCGUUUAUUUUACACCAAUCCAGAUGGAACUGUGGUAGAAGUGCAACACCCAUCUGGUGAUAAAAGCUAUAUUGAAGGGCGAACUAAUGUCCGGUUUGGUGCUAUUUCUAACGGAAUGAAUAUAGCAAAAGAUGGAAAACUACGUAAAACGUUUGCACGACUCUAUGGCAUCAAAGCCUAUGAUUUAGACACGGAUGCUAUAUUAGAAUCGCUUGAGGGUAAUAGAAAUGAAAGUUUCUUAAUCAUACGGGGGAUUGCCGAUUAUGCAGAUGGAAGCCGUAAAGAGUGGCAACCAUAUAGUGCCAUGGCCGCUGCAUCUUAUAUGAAAACGCUCAUUAUGGCUUUAUGAUAACGCAGCUUGUUUUGCAUUGUAUAACUGGUGCUAUUAAAUUGUAUCAAAUGCU